GAACUACAGAAAAGUAAACAACUGGAAGAGUCCAUGAAGAAGUUGGAUUCCGAGAUGAAAAGAACGGACGAGUUGCUGUACCAAAUGAUUCCUAAGCAGGUUGCUGAUAGGCUAAGAAAAGGAGAAGCGGCAGUGGCCACUUGUCAGGAUUUUGACUGUGUAACAAUCCUGUUCAGCGACGUGGUCACUUUUACGGAAAUAUCCAGUAGGAUCAGUCCUAUGGAAGUGGUGUCGAUGUUAAACUCCAUGUACAGCAUGUUUGAUCAGUUGACGGAGAAACACAAGGUUUACAAGGUGGAGACAAUUGGUGAUGCAUACAUGGUAGUAUCCGGGGCGCCGGAUAUCGUUGACAAACAUGCUGAAAACAUUUGUGACAUGGCUUUAGAUAUGGUAGACGUCAUUGGUGAUUUGAAGGACCCAUCCACGGGCCAAAGUCUUCGCAUUCGAGUCGGUAUCCAUUCCGGUAUGGUUGUGGCAGGAGUUGUUGGUCUCAAAAUGCCCCGAUAUUGUCUGUUUGGAGACACUGUUAAUACAGCAUCGCGAAUGGAGAGCACUAGCGAGGCUCUGAAGAUACACAUCAGUGAGAAGACGAAGGAACGGUUGAAUGAAAUGGAUUGGGAGUUCUCAGAGCGAGGAACCAUUCCCGUGAAGGUUAGAAAGUAA